UAAUAUAAUUCUUCACUUAGUUACGUUAGCUCAUAUGCUAUACCUGGCUAUUAUUAUCAAGAAAAGUGCUUGAUUUCAUUCACUUAUAUAAACGGGCUUGACCUACUAUUACUAUUUUGUGAUUGCGUUCGGACAACGUGCAAGAUGCCCGUUUAUUGCGGAACAAGUUACGAUAGCGCGAAUAAAAUAUGGUCGGGACCUGAACAAAAAGAUUUUUAUAAUUAUGACCUGACAUUGGGAGAAGCGAUUGUUGAAAAGUUGCAACAAAUUCCCGAUAAAGUUGUGCAAAUUAUGGAUUCUACCGGUGAACAAGUGAAAGCUAAAGAUUUACUUAUGAAUAGUAAGAAUAUAGUCAGAAAUUUCGUCGCAAUGGGUUUAAUGCGAGGAGAUGUGAUCGGUUUAUAUGCCAGCAAUACAACGCAUUUAUCUGCGGUAAUGCUGGCAGCCUGGUUAACUGGCUUAUGUACCCAUGCUGCCUACGAAGGUUGCGAUAAAGAUGAAUUAAAAAUCAUUUUCGAUCUAUCGAAACCAAAAAUUAUAUUUUGUGAUUCGGAGAAUUCUUAUAAAGCUCAGACAGCCAAUCAAGAAUUGAAUUUAAAAGCAAAGAUCUAUUUAAUGCAUUCCAAUAUAGAUGCUCAAUUUCCGUCCGUAACGGAACUUAUGAAAGUUAAGGAACAUUUACCAGACAUGGCGCUAUUUCCUUGCUUUCCCUUAAACGGUGAUGAUGCGGCUGUUAUAUUAUGUUCGUCUGGCACGACUGGACCACCAAAGGGUGUGUUGUGUUCUCAUCAGGCUUUGCUAAAUCGUUACGUAUUCCAAACAUUUACCGCAAAUUCGGUAGGCUUUACAUUUAGUUCCAUGUACUGGAUGUCUGGCUUAUUUGUCCUUAAGGAGACUCUCUUAAAAGGUGGUCUACGUAUAAUCACUAAUCAACCGUUUAGUCCGGAAUACUUCCUGCACUUAAUCGAACGUUAUAAAAUAACUCAUGUUAUAGCGAAUCCCAGUCAAUUGGCAGAGUUGUCUUUAAAGUCUAAAAACGUAGCUAACACAGCUAAACGUAUGAAUUCUAUUGAUACCAUUAUAGGCGGCGGGUCGAAAAUUUUGCCCAUAGUGGCAAACCAAAUAUUAAGGCUUCUAAAAUCAGAAAACCGAUAUAAACGGUUCGUAGUAGCCUAUGGUAUCUCUGAAUUUGGAGCAUUGUCUUAUAAUUAUACCGGUCAGCUUGAUACCGAAGGUCUUCUAGCUCCUAACUUACAAGUACGUAUUGUCGAUAGAAGUGAAAAUCUUUUGGGAUCCAAUGAGCAAGGUGAACUACAAUGUUGGUCUCCAUACAAAUGGUUGGGUUACUUAAAUAAUCCUACAGCUACUCAAAAGUGCUUAACAGACAACUGGUUCCGUACGGGCGAUAUUGGUUACUUCGACGAAGACGGCUACUUACAUAUAUGCUCACGAGUUGGUGAUGUUUUCAAAUCGAAUAAUAUACAAAUUUAUCCAGAGAAAGUGGAAAACAUUCUCAUGAAAUUGAGAGGAGUACAGGAAUGUUGUGUUUUCGGUCAACCUGAUGUCAUUAAAACAAAUCUGGUUGCUUGUGCUGUGGUGAAGACAAACGAUAUUGAGGGCGAUAAUUUAAAUGAAAAGAAAAUUUAUCGAUUUGUUGAAGAGGAAUUACCGCCAGUGUAUCAUCUCAAGGGUGGCAUAUAUUUUUUGAAACAACUGCCCAGAACUGGUUCGGGAAAAGUCCUACGACGAAAAGUUAUCGAAAUGUUACAAAAAAAAUUGUAAAAAAACACU